UGACGGCCUUCCCGGCGAGCUUAUUGGCUGGCGGCCCAGCGACUUCUUUGCAAGGCGCGAAGGGAUAGGCUGCCGGAGAGGGCGCGCAGGCGGGCCGGUUUGAAUCUUCAUGGAGAGCCGCCGGAGUUGCCGUUCAUCUUUUUUUUAAUUUAGACUUGCAGCGUCAUGGCUGAGACAGAAGAGCUGGUCAGCCCCGAGCAGGCGGAGCGGUACCGGAGAUGUGUGUCCCAAGCUAAGCAGGAGGCCCGAAAUGGGAAUCUAGAAGAAUCCAUCCGGCUCUUCAGAGAAGCCCAUGAGAUCCAUCCCAGUGAAAAGCUGAUGGUGAAAGUUCAAAAGCUCGAGGAGGCAUUGGCAUCACUGGCCCUGAAUCAGGAGGAUGACGGCUUUGUGAACGUGUGUCAGAGCGGACUGAUGCUGUACGGAGAGAUGCAUGACAAGCUCUUUGACCACCAGAGGGAAGGGAUUGCCUUCCUGUACAGCUUAUAUAGGGAUAGCCGGAAGGGCGGCAUCCUGGCAGACGACAUGGGCUUGGGGAAGACGAUUCAGAUCAUCGCUUUCCUCUCUGGCAUGUUUGACAGCGAGUACAUCCGGUCCGUGUUGCUCGUUAUGCCGACCACUCUGGUGAGCAACUGGAUGAGAGAGUUUGCCAGCUGGACGCCUGGCCUGCGAGUGAAGGUCUUCCAUGGGACCAGCAAGGUGGAGCGCAGCAGAAACCUAGAGCGCAUCCAAAAGAGGAACGGGGUCUUGAUCACCACCUACCAGAUGAUCCUCAACAACUGGCAGCAGCUCUCUAGCUGUGGAGGACAGGAGUUUGUCUGGGACUACGUGAUCCUCGACGAAGCCCAUAAAAUUAAAACGCCUUCUGCCAAAACCACCAAAUGUGUGCAUGCCAUCCCUUGCCGGAAUCGCAUCCUCCUUACUGGGACUCCGGUCCAGAACAACCUGCAAGAACUGUGGGCUCUCUUUGACUUUGCUUGUCAAGGGUCUCUUCUCGGCACAAUGAAAACCUUCCGGAUGGAAUAUGAAAACCCCAUAACGAAAGCGAGGGAGAAGGACGCCACCCCAGGGGAGAAGGCCCUGGGGCUGAAGAUGUCUGAAAACUUGAUGUCCAUCAUUAAGCCCUAUUUCCUAAGAAGGAGCAAAGAUGACAUUCAAAAGAAGCUAAAAUCUGGACCUCAGAACAAUCUUCUGAAGGAUCAAAGCAAGGCUGCCGCUCCUGAGAUGCCUUCUCUUCCCAGAAAAAAUGAUUUCAUUGUGUGGGUGUAUGUAUCGCCCAUACAAGAAGAAAUAUACAGGAACUUUCUGUCCUUGGAUCAUAUCAAGGAGCUGUUGAUGACCACCCGGUCCCCCUUGGCUGAGUUGAAUGUCCUGAAGAAGCUCUGUGACCACCCCAGGCUGUUGUCUGCUCGAGCUUGUAGCCAGCUUGGCCUGGCAACGUCUGAGUACUCCGAGAGGGAGGAAGGUGGUGAAAAUGAAGCCGAUGAGCUCUGGGGCAAGAACAUGGACAUUGAGCGCAUUCCUGACGAGAUUCUUAUCGAAGAGUCGGGCAAGGUCCGGUUCCUCAUCGCUCUGCUGGAUAGACUGCAAGAAGAAGGGCAUCAAACCUUGGUGUUUUCUCAGUCGAGGAAGAUGCUGGAUAUUCUUGAGCGCAUCUUAACUCACAGGAGGUUUAAACUCAUGCGCAUCGAUGGGACGGUGACUCAUCUAUUGGAACGAGAGAAGAGGAUCGACGCCUUCCAGAACGACAAAGACUACUCUGUCUUUUUGCUUACGACCCAAGUUGGUGGAGUUGGCUUGACGUUAACUGCUGCUACGAGGGUGGUGAUUUUUGACCCCAGCUGGAACCCAGCAACCGACGCACAAGCUGUGGACCGAGCUUACAGAAUAGGGCAGAAAGAGAAUGUCGUGAUCUACCGGCUGAUAACCUGCGGGACGGUGGAGGAGAAAAUCUACCGGCGGCAAGUCUUCAAAGACUCGCUCAUAAGGCAAACCACCGGGGACAAGAAGAACCCAUACCGGUAUUUCACCAAGCAGGAACUUAGAGAGCUUUUCACUCUGGGGAAUACUCGGAGCUCUGCGACCCAACUCCAGCUGCAGUCCUUGCACAGGAAUCAAAGGAAAACAGACGUCCGACUCGACGAGCACAUUGCCUACCUCUACUCGCUGGAGAUCUUUGGCCUUUCAGACCACGACUUGAUGUACACGCGAGAAACGGGCCAUGAAGACCAGGCAGAGGAUGAAGAGGCUCAUCGAUACAUCGAGCAGAGGGUACAGAAAGCCCAAGAACUGGUGCAGCUUGAAUCGCAAAUGAAAGACCAGCUGGCAGCCAACAUGAGACACACAACAGAAGGAGCAUGGCUGAGAGCGACAGACUCGUCAUCCGUUCAGCCAAGGAAAAAAUCACCAAAGCCUUCUCCAGUUUAUUCUGCUCCCACGCCUGUACCUGUGCAACCUCCAGACAGCGGUGAUGUCAUCAGUGUGGAAACUGAUGAUGAGGAAGACUUGGCUGAUGUCAGCUUUAAAAUGACGAGCCUGGUUAUUGAGGAUGUGGCUGACGAUAGUCCGGUUCUGGAUGUAUCUCAUAUGGAUGUCUCUCUCUCCAAGGCUGAAGCAACCAGACACGCCAGCCUACAGGAAUGUGAACAAAAGCACAGCCUCAGCACGCCUCCAUCUCGCUUUGUAUCCAAUGAAGAGGAUGACCAUUCUGGAUCCAAAAUGACCUCCCAUGAGCCACCAACCGGUCCAAACGACAGCUUUAACGAUGUCUGCGUGGCGGCUUUGCAGCAGUCGGUAGAAUACAUCUCUGAUGAUGAUGUUCAUGAAGCCCAAGCCAAGAUGGAAAUAUCGCUUGAAGUUCUCGGGAGUCCGUGCAGGGAGGCGAGUCAAGCUGGUGAGCGAGAUGCGACCACAGCUCUAAUAUUACAGGCUGGUGAAACUUCUGAGCAUGCAGCAAAACGGAAAUCUGGGAGGAGUGAAAUUCUGGCAAGGGAGGGGUCUUUAGUUUCCUCGUCCCCGUACCAGGCUGAUUUCAACCUCAUGUUAGAAGAUUCGGAGACCCAACCGCAAGACGUUUCAGACAAAGAAAUGUUGCUCGAAGAAACAGAAAACACUGGGUUUCAUCUGAGGCUGGACAGCCGCUGCAGCUCUGCGGCUCAAUCCAGGGUAGGAGAAAACAGAAGCAUCAGGAGCCUCCAGGCAAGUGAAAAUGUGAUGGGAUCACCUACGACAGACGGUUCCGACUCCACAGACGAUGCUUCGAUGGACAACAGCGAUGUUCCUGUUGCGUGUAAGAAGAAACCGGUCCAGAGGAUUGUUUCAGAUAGCGAGGAGGAUGAAGAGAGUUCCAUAAUUAAUCUGGGUGAAGGCGAGCACGGGAAAGCCUUUCCCUCAAACUACCCAGGAGGAAUCUACGUGUCAACACCGAAGUCUAGCGAACCUUUGGCCGAUCUGUGUUUUUCCCCCCAGUUCGAACUGAGUAAAAGAAGGUCGACAGCAUCCAGAAGGUCCUUGGCGAAUGUGGUCUUUGAUCAAGUGGAGGACGUUGCAGAAAGCAUCACAGAUGGGUCUCCUGAGAGACACUUUCCAGGUGAUCUCGAGGAAGAGCUGGCUCAGGAGUACAGCGGCAGGGAGCCUGCGGAGACAGAAGAGGAAUGGCCAGGUGAAACGGUGCAUUCCAAGGGCAAAUCCAGAUAUUCAGAUGAAGCAGACUCUCCUUUGGAUAAUUCUAUUAUUUUGGAAGGAAUGGUGCCCUGAAAGGUGAAAUCCUUGCGCCCGCCGCCCCCCCCCCCCCGGGCAAUAAUAAAUUCAUAAUUUAUGGGCAGGGGGGGAAUAUAACAGAAGCUUCAUUGAACUGCAGAAUCAUGUAGAGAUUCUGAACAGUUAUUGUAGUCUUUCCUGAAGGUGGGCGGGGAAUGUUUAAGGAGAUGAAGGAACUGGAAAUAUUGAUCUACGAGCUGUACUUUCCCCAAAAGGUAAAUCUAAUAUCUUUUGUGAAACUUUAAAGCACUCGGUUGCCUUUUCUUAACACGAACACAAGUUCUUGAAUUUCGGGCUUUUAAAAUCCCCCACAAUGAGUACACUGGGGAAUUAGAUUUGUUGACUGCGGGCAGCAUUUCAGGCCUUUCAUACCGUUUGCAGAUGUUUAAGGCCUAGCUGGCUUCACUUGGCUGUCUCUCUUGUAGUUUGAUUACGUUGCUUUCUUACAGCUUGACUGCUGAAGGUUAAAAAAUAUACUUGGUUUCACUGUGUUA